AUGCAUUCGCUCUCCGAGCUGGAUAGUUCCGACAAUGAAGAAGAUGAGGCCCUGCAUGUGCCAAUCAACGAAAUCAAACGAUGGAGGAAGCUGGCAAAAAAACGGAAUGCAAAAGCAACUUCUUUCCUUUGUGAUGAACAAGCACGAUUCCUGAAUAUGCUAUGGAUCCUUGUUACAGCACCGUGCAUGAAGCUCCAUUGGCUUCUCUUCAAGACAGCGACAUGGUAUUCAGAUCGAGAUCGAAAGAAGCACAUGCAAAUGGAUCCAACAGUCAGCGAUAUAGAAGAACAAACCUUGACAGUGGGGCAGUUUUGUAUUCCAUCCAAGAACCCUGGUCUAAAGGUGAUGAAAGAACUUCAAUCCCAGCUGGAGGACCCAAGCUCGGCUUUGAGGUUGCUGUGUUUCUUCUUCGGCGAUUUCGAAGGUUGGCCUCAGGCUCGGAAGCGAAUUGCUCUGAGGUCUAUACUACUCACUGUUGGCCAGUUGGCAAGAAAAGUGAUCGAGCCUUUCCUUUCGUAUCCAUGGAAGCUAUAUGAACUAUCCCUCCCCGACAUAGAUCUGGACUGCCAGAAAAGCCUGGUUCGAGCACUAUGUGAUGCCCCCGCGUGUUGUUUGGAUGCUGGCUUUAGUGGCAAGUUGAAGGCUUUGGCCGUGAGAGAGGCAGCGGUAGAACAAGGUUUAUCGAGUGAAUUCAGGGAGUUCAUGCACACGGUGUUUGAAAGAGUGGUGCUAACAUCGACCUUUGUCGAGCGAAAGUUUGCUCAUUUCACCCAUUGGACAGAUGUCAAAGGGAAGGGAGUCUCCUUGGCGCUUUUAGCAGCAAAGCAUGUCACCAGGGCUUUUAAAGAUGCUGUAGAGGUUUGGAAAGAUCGUAUCAAGGCACCUCGCUCUCAGAGCUGGUCCAGUCGUCCUUCCUGGUGUCGCAAAAAGGACACAACAGCACGACAGAAUGGCUUCCACUUGUUUGCCGCAGAAAGACGUGAGUCCAUGAGAGGUUCCUGUCGUGGACAGCAGGCAUCGAGGCAGUUCCUAGAAGAAACGCAGGAGGCGUGGCGUUUGUUGAGCGAUGAUGAGAGACAGGCGUGGGGCGAGCGAGCUCGGCAGAGCAAUGCUCGGAAAGCAGCUUUGCAACUUGCGGCUGCUGCACAACAGCCGCCCGACGUUCGUGGCGGGCCUUGGAACUUAUCUGUGCCCUCUGGGCAGUGGCCGUUGUCUGAGGAGUGUAUGACGGAGUUUCUGAGCUCCCAGAAAUUUGACGCAACUCAACGUCGAUGGGCUGAGGCACAUGCGAUUCCGACGUCAGUCCGGGAAGAUAUCGCCGUUCGUGAUGAUCGGACCUUGUUCCAAGUGUGUCCACAUGGAGCUUGUCUUGCAUGUUGUUCUCAAGAAGUGGUCGCUGUUUUUGGCCGUUUGCACACAUGCUUGUCCGUGCUGAUCAAGAGAUUCGACCCAGCGAAGAAGAAUAUCAGCGCUUUGCCCCUGACUCUCUUAUUUGAGUGCAAGGAACAGAACGUCGUUGCAAUCUUUAUGCUUGCAUUUCGUACGUAUAUGCACAAUAUUGAUGCAAUUUUUCUGGAACUCGAUUCGGACAAAGAUCUCACAGGCAACUCGAAUCCUCCAUUCAUUCUCAAGUUCAAGAAAGAGACACUCAAUCAUAGAAUCAUAUGCGUCAACGAUUUGUCCCUGUGCAAGAUGCUGGCAACCAGAGGUCGGACGUGGGAUAUAUUUCGUUUGUCUUUGGGAGAUUUGCAGCGGGACCUGUCUUCUUUUCCGGUCUCUGAGAAGUUACCACACGAUUGGCAAGAUCUCUUGUCCGAAGCAGCGCAGUUGAAGGAACAAGAGCGUGCACUCAGGGCGGUGCGAUUGUUGCAGAGAGCACAGAGGCCACGGCCACGGUCUCAGACCAGGCGUGGCCGGGGCCGAGGCAGACGUCUUGGCAGAGGCAGAGCCGCCCCUGCUCGUGUUGCGGCAGGUGAUGACGGGGAUGACGAAGGGGAAGCAGUAGACGAUGGCGAUGCAGUUGAACCUCAAUUUUCGGAUUGGGAUGAACUUUUCAGUGGAGAAGAUGAGGAUGAUGUGUGGGGGCUUGAACAGUCCGAGAACCCAGAGUCACAUGGGGGAGGAAGAUCGGAAAGGUCUGAAAGGCCCUCGGGUUCAGCAGGCGCUGAAUCAUCAUCCGCUGUCUCAGCUGGAAGAAGUGCUGGAGGCGAUGCCGUUCCUCCUCCGCCUGUGCCUGUGCCCGUCGCUGAGAAUCCACCACAGGCUCUUCGCCGAAAUCAGCGAAGAGCUAUAGCUUGGGGCCCUUUUAUGUUGUCACCCAUCGUUCCUCAUCAUGGAAGACAAACUGGUUGGGGUGCAAUCUGCAAUCUACACGUGGAUCGUGGUGAGGGGGCUAGCAGCACCCAGUGCAAAAAGGCAGUAUCAUAUGGGGGCAUGGAUGAUGCUACUUGCAUUAUCCGACUCAAGCGUUGGCUUUGCGCCGGCUUGCACGAUGAUGACUUUCCCCCAAUGAACCCACGAACCCAUCAUGUGAGAAUGGGGGGACCGGGUCUUGUGAAUUUCGCGGAGGGCAAAGACGAGGAUGAAAUGGACAACGAGGUGCAAGCUUACCUCAACAAUGGCCCGGGCUAG